AUGUAUCAAGAUAGAAAAACAACAAUACUCCAAUCAGAAUUUGGAAGAAAUGUUGAUAAAUUUAGAAUAUUAUUUUUAAUUGUUUUUAUGUGGUUGGUUGUAGGAUUUGUAGGUGGAAUACCACAUAAAAUAACUUAUGAUAAACGAUCGUUAAUUAUCGAUGGACAACGUGUAUUGCUGAUAAGUGGAUCGGUUCAUUAUCCAAGAAGUACACCCUCGAUGUGGAGACCGAUAUUGCAGCAAACAAAGGCUGCUGGUAUCAACUUGAUUGAUACCUAUGUUUUUUGGGAUGUUCACGAACCGCAGAAAGGUGUCUUCAAUUUCGAAGGAAAUGCAGAUAUAUCGCAUUUCUUGGAUAUCUGCAAAGACUUGGGAUUGUACGUUAAUCUACGUAUUGGACCUUAUGUAAGAGAUAACAAUGCAAUUGCAAAUUGA